AUGUUGAGCCCGCGUUUGCGGCUGUUGUUGAGUCGUUUCGUCAGCAGAUCCAGUUUGUCUCAGCCCGUUACACGCAUGCACCUAUGCGACCGGAAAGAUUCUAGGCGGAACCCAAGGAUCGGAACCAGAAGAAGAGAGCCGUAUUACGAAUCAGAGAGUGAAUUGGAUACAGACGACGAGGAAACACCCAUUGCUCCAUUGAAGAGACUUGCCCACCAAAAUCCACGGCACUGCUCACACGACCGUGACAAGAUGGCGUCUAGCGAAGAGGCGUGGACAGAGACUAACAUGGGGAGCAUAGCUGAAAUCAAGUGGAAUAGCAACCCAGUGCAGUCUUCGGGUGAAUUUUCUAUGGCUGUGAGCCUAGGGGGUGAGCUGACACGGGAAGAACUAGAACGGAUUUUCGAAGUCCUCCUACCCGAGGAUGUGGUUCUUGCGCUCAGUGACAACGGCCAAAGGCACUUCUGUACCUGGCAAGAGGCGUCAGUUGAGUUGAAGCGCUUGGUGGGAACGAGAGAUGACAGAACCGUCUCGACAGAGGCUGCCGAAACCACAGGGGACGCGCAGAUAUUGGGCGCUCAACUAGAGGUUGAGGAAACUAGGGGAGAAACAGACGAGGCCAGGCGUGAGCCAGGUAACCUCUGCGAACGGGGAGCAGAGGGAUCAGACGAGCCCACCAGCCCGGAUGACGAGGAUGUUGUGGUGCCAUGGUGGCGAGGUGCCGGGAGGCAGGCCUAUCCUAUCAACAGACGGCACAUUGUGUAA